AUGGGUGUUUUGGAAGUCUUGUUGUUUACCAAUGUUUCUCUGCUAUCAACUAUCUUCACAGUGUUGGCAAUACUGGCAGGAGUUUUGGGGUACUUGUAUGGGCCCUACUGGGGGGUGAGGAGGGUACCUAGCCCACCAACUAUCCCCUUGGUAGGGCACCUUCCCUUGCUGGCAAAGUAUGGUCCUGAUGUAUUCUCAGUUCUUGCCAAACAGUAUGGCCCUAUUUUCAGGUUUCAUAUGGGCAGGCAGCCACUUAUAAUUGUAGCAGAUGCAGAGCUUUGUAGAGAAGUUGGAAUUAAGAAGUUCAAAGACAUUCAAAACAGAAGCAUCCCAUCUCCCAUCUCAGCUUCCCCUCUUCAUCAGAAAGGUCUUUUUUUCACCAGGGAUAAAAGAUGGUCUGCCAUGCGAAACACUAUAUUAUCAGUGUAUCAACCAUCACACCUAGUCAGCCUUGUGCCAACCAUGCAGUCCUUCAUUGAAUCUGCAACUGAAAAACUUGGCUCCUCCAAAGAAGAAGAUAUUACCUUUUCCAAUCUCUCCCUCAGAUUGACCACAGAUGUGAUAGGACAAGCUGCCUUUGGUGUCAACUUUGGCCUUUCUAAACCACAAUCCAUCAGUGAUUCAAUCAACAAGCAGAUUGGUGGUUCCCAAGACAUUAACAAUGAUGAAGUCUCAGACUUUAUCAACCAACACAUAUAUUCCACAACACAGCUUAAGAUGGACUUAUCAGGCUCCUUAUCAAUCAUACUGGGACUACUUGUACCUAUUCUACAGGAGCCAUUCAGGCAAAUCUUGAAGAGAAUUCCUGGCACUAUGGACUGGAAAGUUGAACGUACGAACCGGAAAUUAAGCGGCCGGCUUGAUGAGAUUGUAGGGAAGAAAAUGAGAGACAGGGACAGAGGUUCAAAGGACUUCUUGUCACUCAUAAUGAAUGCAAGGGAGUCAGAGACAGUUUCAAAGAAUGUCUUCACCCCAGACUACAUUAGUGCUGCUACUUAUGAGCAUCUCCUUGCUGGGUCAGCCACAACAGCAUUUACAUUGUCUUCAAUUGUUUACUUGGUUGCUGGACACCCAGAAGUUGAAGAAAAGUUGCUUGCAGAGAUUGAUGGAUUUGGACCUCCUGAUCAGAUGCCUACUGCUCAUGAUCUUCAACACAAAUUUCCUUAUAUUGAUCAGGUUAUCAAAGAGGCAAUGCGGUUUUACAUGGUUUCCCCAUUAGUUGCAAGAGAAACAUCUAGACAAGUCGAAAUAGGAGGUUAUCUUCUACCGAAGGGGACUUGGGUUUGGUUAGCACUUGGAGUUUUAGCAAAAGAUCCAAAGAACUUCCCAGAGCCGGACAAGUUCAGGCCAGAGAGGUUUGAUCCCAGCUGCAAAGAAGUGAAACAAAGGCAUCCUUAUGCUUUUAUACCCUUCGGGAUCGGACCUCGAUCCUGCAUUGGUCAAAAGUUUUCCCUGCAAGAACUGAAGCUCUCACUCAUUCACUUAUACCGGAACUAUGUGUUCCGGCACUCUCCCGGAAUGGAGAAACCUCUACAACUUGAGUAUGGCAUUGUUCUCAACUUCAAGAAUGGUGUCAAGCUCAGAGUCAUAAAGCGAACUUUACUUCAACAUGCCUGA